AUGUGCGAAAUUCCAUCUGAGCACUCACCCCAUACUCAUCCUUUUGGGAUCUCAAGUUCAUACUCUACCUAUUACUCUUCUGAUUCAUAUGGCGAAUUCCAGUUUCCCACCUCUCACACACAAUUUAUUGAUCAAGUCACCGAGCCAGUCUCAUUGGAAUUUAAAUCAGAGUCUACAUCUUGUGAUGCAUGUAUGGAUUCUAAUCCAAUUUUACUCCUGGAAUGCACCCUCUGCAAAGUUCGUGUCCAUUCAUCCUGCUAUGGUCUUUUUGAGUAUAUCGAUCCUUGGGUCUGCGAGCGCUGCUUGUGAAAAGUUGUUGGAAAAAAUAUUUUCCCUUGCAAAAUCUGCAAUAUAUCCAAAGGUGCACUUAAGAAAAUGACAAAUGGAGAUUGAGUCCACGUUGGAUGCGUCGAUUGAUGCAAAAGUUUGAAAUUUAAUAAUCACAAAAAAUCUGAAUAUAUACGAAUUAAAGACCAAGAGAGCAAUAAAUGCAUAUUUUGCAAUCAAAACUCAGACUCCUUAAUAAAAUGUGAGGAUUGUGAAGACUGAUUUCAUUUUAAAUGUGGGCAGUUAAAUGGAGUGAAUUUUAUAGAUAAUAGAGCGAGCUGCAAGAAACAUUCUAAGAAAGAUAGUGAAGAGAAAAAAGGAGAAAAAGGAAAGGGAAAGGAAGAAGGAAUCAAGUAUAACAUUGUGGAGAAUUUAGAAGAGGACACACUUAUUGUUGAUGUUGUUAUACCAAAUAAGAAACAAAAGAAAAAAUUGACAAAAAAAAGCACAGAAAAAAAGUCAAAAGAUAAAAAAAUAAAAAUUACGGAAUCAAAUGAUGGAGUGCUUACGUUGCAUAUCAACUCUGAAGAUGUUGAAGAAAAAAAUGAGCCAAAAACUAAAUUUAAAAAUGAACUAAAAAUCGAAGAGAAAAAUGAAGUGAGAAAGCAGAAAACUCAGUCUGAAGGUCCGCUAAUGGUGGACGAUAAGACUGUCAAAGCAGCAGCCCGAAGGCCUCUUUCUCUGAUAAAAAAUAGAGAAGCAGAAUUCAGAAAUCCAUUUGAUGCAGUAUCCUUCAAUCUUGAGUCGGAAAAAAGUAUAAGUAUAAUAGAGCCUGAUUCAAUUAAAGAGGUUCCCGCAAUUCCUCCAUCAAAAGUAAAAUAUGUAGAGCAAAAUAUUUCAAGAUUUUUAAAAACAAAUGAAAAUGAAAAACAGAAUUAUGAGGAAGAUGAAAUUCAAAAUAAAAAUGAUUACGAAUUUGAGAUGGAUAUUGCAAAAGAAGAGGAUUUUGAAUAUGAAGUUGAUUGAAAAGUUGAAGAGGGCACAGAGAUAGCCCAAUAUCAUAACCUGAUUCAAGAAAAGUUGAAAAAAGAAGAUAAUUCAAUGGAUCUCGACAUGAGUGAUGUCCUCGUAUAUGAAUCUAAGGCAGCUGAGGGGAAAAAAUUCAAAGGAAGAAAAGAAAAUACUUCAAAAGAAUAUACUCAAUAUAAAAAAUUGAAAAAGCAUAAAAAAGUCGCCAAAGAAACAAAGAAGAAAUCAGCAAAAAACUCAGAGAAGCCCAAAACAUUGCUUGUUUCUGAACUAAAAAUCGAAGAAACAAACACUGCUCAAAGCACCAGCCAAAGAUCGUCCCAGCCUCAAGAAUUGAUUUCUAAUGAAAUUCUCUCCUUUAAAGAGCCAAUUAAAACAUAUGACCCACUUAAUAUUCAGGGAAAUUUGCAAGAAUUAGAAACCAAACUUAAAAGCUUCCUUCGAAUAAAUGCAGCAAUAACCUUUAAUUCCUAUUCUUUCUCAAACAAUCCAGAGCUUCAAAAAAUCUUUCAAACAUCUGAAAUUUUAUAUGAGCAAAUUCGAUCAUUCGUAAUCGAAAACACUGAAAAAGUUUAG